GAACAUGCGUAUAUUCUACCAAAGCGCACGCAAUCCACGUUAACGGUUUUGGGAUCUCCCCGUUUGACUCGCCCUGGCAGUUGGCCACCCACCCCAGGCCUUUCUUCUUCUUUUUCUCUCGCUCUACACCCCUGGAAAUAUGACCGAACCCGGGCCAGAGAUCGUAGACGAGGAAGACGGCACCCUGUCAUGUUGUACCGUGCCAUCGCUAUCUCAUCUCCGGAAACCGAUCGAGGUGGGCAGCCAUGGCGUCCGCGGACACGAGGCCGAUAACGCCUUCUGGAUAUGGCCCUUCUCGGCGCCCUUGCUCUUCGAGAACGAGACCAGCGAUGCUCGCGACCACUGUGCAAACGAGAGAACCUUCCUGUCGUACCUGAAAUUCUCGGUAUACAUGGCAGUCGUGUCCGUCGCCAUCGUGCUGUCCUUCCACCUGAGGCACAAGGCCAGCGAUAUUGAGCUACGCAUGGCGAAGCCCCUCGGCACCGUGUUCUGGGUGUUGUCUGUGGCCUGUCUCUGCCUUGGGAUCGCCAAUUAUACAAGAACCAUUAACAAGUAUGGCCGGAGAGCAGCUAUCGUGCAGACGGGGUGGAAAACACAGUUGAUCAUGGCUGUAAUAGCGUUGGUUAUCUUGGGCACUAGUAUCGCACUUCUUGUGGUCAACAUUUUGGACUCAGAGGCCGACUCGUGAGUUUGUUGUUUUCAAAGUGUCGGGGAUUUGAGGGUGGCCUGGGCCUUGAUUUGAGUCCAAUAUACUUGGAAGGGCGUAUCUAAAUAAACGCCCUCCCCAUAGGAGCAUAUGUACAUUGUCGGAACACGAUGCUGCUAAUGAAAGAUGCCAGGAGACAUUGCGCUAUGAAUUGAUACAGCGCUUAAGCCUCUUUCGAGCAGAACAGAUCUCCUGCCGACUUUUGUGGCAGUAAGUCGGAUGGAAGGAGGUCCUCGCAGCCCCCAAUUGUGCCCCGGAACUUCGCGGCAUAAUCUGACGCAGCGCUGUCAAAAUCGUGCAGCUUCGUCACCAGUCCGUCCCACGUCACCAAGGGCAGCUGGUUGAAGGGUGGGAGGUUGCCUCCGUUAGGUAGUCUGUCAAGUAACGGUCCAUCUGCC